UCCGGAGGGUUUAAUCCAAUGGCAACCCACUCCAGUAUUCUUGCCUGGAAAAUCUCAUAGACGGAGGAGCCUGGUAGGCUACAGUCCAUGGGGUCACCAACAGUCGGACACGACUGAGCGACUUCACUUUCUUUUCUUUUAAAGACCUUUCCAGAGCUCUCCCAGCGGAGCCUGAUCCGAAGCUAUUGCUGUAAGGUGUGGUUGGCGGGGGUGGGGGACACCGACCCGCCCAAGCCCCAGGCGGGUGUCUGGGCCUGACGAAGCCGGGCGGGGCGAAGCUCGGCCCGGCCCCGCCCCAGGAGCCCGAACUGGGUUUCGGAGCCGCGGGAGGCGAGGGCGCUUUGGCAGGUGGCCGCUCAGGUGUGAACAUCACAAAUGUCGUCCAGUGACAGAAGAUCCAGGAAUCGGGACAGACACUAUGAUGAGGUCCCAAGGGACUCAGACUAUCCAGAUGGCACCAUAAGAACCUUCCAGACUCUUCGAGACAGUGAGCUGGCCGUGAGCGCUGAUCCAUUGCCACCACCCCCUCUCCCAUUACAGCCGCCCUUCGGCCCAGAAUUCUACUCAAGUGACACAGAGGAACCGGCCAUAGCGCCGGAUCUCAAGCCUGUAAGACGCUUUGUCCCUGAGUCCUGGAAGAACUUCUUCAGAGGGAAGAAAAAGGACCCGGAGUGGGAUAAGCCAGUGUCAGACAUCAGAUACAUCUCCGAUGGAGUGGAGUGUUCACCUCCAGCCUCGCCCACAAGAUCAAACCAUCGUUCACCCCCAAAUUCCUGCAAAGAUCCUCACGGCGAGCCCGAAGGCAGCUGGCAUUCCCAGAAAGAGACUGAGGCCAUGUUUCCUCACGAUCCCUAUGGAUCCCUAGGCCGACACACGCACACAGCCCGAACCUACAGCGAGAAGGUAGAGGAGUAUCACCUUAGGUAUUCCUACAUGAAGUCGUGGGCAGGCCUGCUGCGGAUCCUGGGGGUGGCCGAGCUGCUGCUGGGGGCCGGCGUUUUCGCUUGUGUCACAGCGUACAUUCACAAGGACAGCGAAUGGUAUAACAUGUUUGGGUAUUCACAGCCCUACGGCAUAGGAGGCAUGGGUGGCCUGGGCAGUACCUAUGGGGGCUAUUACUACAGUGGCCCCAAAACUGCCUUUGUCCUUGUGGUUGCUGGCUUGGCCUGGGUGACCACCAUCAUCAUCCUGGUGCUUGGCAUGUCCAUGUAUUAUCGGACCAUCCUCUUGGACUCAAAUUGGUGGCCCCUCACUGAAUUUGGAAUCAAUGUCUCCUUGUUCAUUUUGUACAUGGCCGCAGCCAUAGUCUAUGUGAAUGAUACCAACCGAGGGGGACUCUGCUACUAUCCGUUAUUUAACACGCCAGUGAACGCAGGAUUCUGCCGGGUGGAAGGAGGGCAGAUCGCAGCCAUGAUCUUCCUCUUUGUCACCAUGAUUGUUUAUCUCAUCGGUGCUUUGGUUUGCCUAAAGUUGUGGAGGCACGAGGCGGCUCGGAGACACAGGGAAUACACUGAGCAGCAGGAGAUAAGUGAGCCAUCGUUACCAUCGAAAAGGAAAAUGUGUGACAUGGCCACCAGUUGUGAGAGACAGAGAGACCAAGAAGUUAAUUUUAAAGAACUGAGAGCAACAAAAAUGAAACCUGAACUUCUGAGUGGACCUAUUCCCCCGGGCCACAUCCCAAAACCCAUCGUGAUGCCAGACUACGUGGCGAAAUACCCUAUGAUUCAGACAAGUGAUGAGCGAGAACGCUAUAAAGCUGUGUUCCAGGACCAGUUUGCAGAGUACAAAGAGCUCUCCGCUGAAGUCCAGGCCAUCCUGAGGAAGUUUGAUGAGCUGGAUGCUGUGAUGAGCAGAUUGCCGCAUCGUUCAGAAAACCAGCAGGAACAUGAGAGAAUUUCAAGAAUCCACCAAGAGCUUAAGAAAAAAAAGAAUGAUCCUACAUUUCUAGAAAAAAAAGAACGCUGUGAUUAUCUGAAGAAUAAACUUUCUCACAUAAAGCAAAAGAUUCAAGAAUAUGAUAAAGUGAUGAAUUGGGAUGUACAGGAUUAUUCUUAAAACUUAUUUGAAGCCACUUUUUUAUAUCAUGCUUAAUAUUUAUUUACUAUCUUUUUUAUGCUGGUGUCUGUGAUAGAGAAGCAAAUGCCUCAUGAAUAGGCUUCUGGUUGGUUUAGCUGGUAUGUCACGUUAAGACAGUUUGCAAUUGCAUUUCAGACAUUUCAAAACAAAUUCAAUUUUACUAAGGGCCUUUACUGAGAGUGGAAGAAAUUCUGGACUCAUCUGUGUGCAAGUGAUAUUUAUGUUGUUCGAAUUGAUUCGGAUAUUGUGUCCUUGUGGUGGCGAUCGAGUGAAGUCAUCAGUUCUGGUGCUGCUCUUUCCUUUUUUACUUAGGCCGGUUCCUGGGACUUCUUAGGACAAAUGUCUCAUCCUAGCCAAAGAUGUCAUUUCUUCCCUUGAAAGAGGUUUGAAUCCGAGAUCAACAUUUUCAAGCCUUAUGACCUUGGGCAAGUUGCUUAACCUGCCUGUGUCCAUUUCCUCAUCUGUACAAUGGGGCAAAUUAUAGUACCUACCUCACAGGGUUGUUAUGAGGAUUAAAUGAGUUACUUUUGUGAGCACUUGGAGCACACUCUAAGCACUGCACCAGUGUUUGUGAAAUACAGACGUGUUUGUGGAGUGAAUAAUCUACCCAGAAUAAGUCUCAAAGUAAGGACCUUAAUGAGCAAGUCCAGCCAGCUAACCCAAGGCCAUGGCCUGUAAAUAACUCUUACACACGUUGCUUCCCUGUGGCCCUGUGCCCGCUGGGGUCCAGUGCAACCUUCUUACCUUUCUUUAAUCAACGUCACUGUGUACACACCUUCAUGUUCCCACAGCCCAGCCAUUCCUCUAAACCUCAAAUGGAAAGACUGAGCUUUUACUGUUUCUUUUUCUGUCCUGUUUAGACGUCCAUCCUAAGGCCCCGUGAUGUUACAUCUUACUUAGAACCUCCCUUCGCUUUAUUGGAAUGCUUCAUCAUCCCAAGAAUUAGCUUGACUUUAAGGCUUUAUUCAUGAGAAAUGUUUUAUUUUUGUUAAUGUGAACAAGAGACUGCCUUAAAAAUGUUUUUUAAAAAAUCAUUGUUAUUGGACCCUAUUCGGCAGCAUCUAUCUUGUAGAUAAUUUCCCAGGUAUAGAAGUACAAGUCACCAAGUCGGGCCUGACUCUUUUGACCCCAUGGACUGUAGCCCACCGGGCUCUUCUGUCCAUGGAAUUCUCCAGGCAAGAAUACUGGAAUGGUUGCCAUUUCCUUCUCCUGGUGAGAAAGACGUAAGUAAGUAGUAGUAAGGAAGUAGUAGGAAGUAAAUAAGAAGUAGUAAGACAUAAAACUAAUGCUUUGGAAAGAUAAAAUUAAGGAGCAGCAAAAAUGUUUAGAAAAAAGGAGACCAGGUGGGAGAAUGCAACAAAUCAGAAAUAUAAUGUUUGCUUCUUAUAGCUGCCAUUCAAAUAAUUAAUACUUGAGGAAUUUUCUAAGGUGAUAAAACCAAAGAAAAGCAUGUGGAAAAACAAACUGGUUACCGAAUAAGCUUUCUAGUUCUUCUUUGUCAGUGAAAUCCCAUUUAGUGUAUAUUGUUAAUAUUUUCAGUCCUCAGUUCUCAGACAAUGCUUAGGGUGCUACAAGUCUUAAGAGGUGAUACUGAGGAAAGUGUGAGGCCCCCUCUGAAACCCUUCUAAUGAACUAGAACAGCUUCACUUUCUGUUUUAUAUACUGGGGUCCCAUGUUAACAUUUCACUUAAGAAAAACACCUAUGCUUUAAAAAAAAAAAGAUGAAAUAAUACCACUUUGAUAAACUAUAAAGAGUUAGAUUCAUACUGAAAUGAAGUGUCAGGGAAAUUUAACUUGUGAAACUAUAUGUUUUACCAUAAUUGUAAAUGUUAAUCUUUGAAAACCCAUGUUGUAAUGUUGAUUUUUGCAGUUUUUAUGUAAAUACGUAGGUUUAUUAAAAUUUCAGUUACCCGUU